UCCCGCCGUGCUUGCUCCGGCGAUUUCUGCGGUUCAUUCGAUCUGCUUGGGCUUCAAGUCUUCAACUCUUCAGGAACUUCUUACCUCGCGCAAUAUUUGCGACCAGUGUUAAUUAGACGACCGCUUCCAAAAGAACCUCUCCGCGCACCUCUCCCCCGUCUCCGUUGCGACAUCAUACCCCUCCACGUAUUCUAUACCCCUCGAUCUCUGACGAAAAAGGGAUUCACCUACAAUGGCAACUCCCGUCCGCAUCACCGUCCUGAUAUCCGGAAACGGUUCCAACCUACAAGCGGUUAUUGACAAGGCAAGCGCGGGUGAACUCCCGGCGACCAUUGUCCGCGUCAUCUCGAAUCGCAAGGACGCCUACGGCCUCGAGCGCGCCCGCAAGGCCAACAUCCCCACGGAAUACCACAAUCUCGUCAAAUACAAGAAACAAUACCCCUCGACCCCCGAGGGCGUUCAGCAGGCGCGGGAAGCCUACGAUGCAGAAUUGGCGCGAUUGGUGCUCGCCGAUAGUCCAGAGCUGGUCUGCUGUCUCGGCUUCAUGCAUGUGCUUUCGCCGAAGUUCUUGAUACCGUUGGAGGAGGCGAAACUCCGGAUCAUUAACCUUCAUCCUGCCUUACCGGGGGCGUUCAAUGGGGCCAAUGCUAUCGAGCGGGCUCACGCUGCUUGGCUAGAAGGCAAAAUCGACAAGACCGGUGUGAUGAUCCACAACGUGAUUUCAGAGGUCGACAUGGGCAAGCCGAUUCUGGUGCGGGAAAUUCCCUUCGUCAAGGGAGAGGACGAAGACCUAGAAAAAUUCGAAGAGAAGGUUCAUCGUAUCGAAUGGGGCGUUGUGAUUGAGGGCGUGCAGCUCACGAUCAAGGAGAUCAGAGGGUGAAAUCAUUAAGUCUACUAUAAUACCACAGGGGCUUUGCCAACAAGAACCAAAAUUUUGCAUGAAAAAUCAGGCGAUGAUUUCAUGAUUUCAAUGAUACACAGGAAAUCUACUUUAGGGGGUUGUGAAAAUUGAAAAGGAAAGGAAGUCAUGAUAUGAUGCAGAAAACAAAACAAAUUCCAUUAUAGAGAAAAGGGGGGAUGAGGGGAUGAGCUCACGCGGCGCCACAC